AUGUUCAAGAAGGCUGUCAAGGAUCAUUCGGCUGCAGCUGCCAGACCGCUUCAGUCAACAAUCCCCAAUUCUAGUGGAGUUGCUUCAACGAAACUCCCUCCUCCACAGUCUAUCGGGGUGAAGCGGAAAAUAGAAUUGACGAGCACCAAGUCCACGCUAGGGUCCUUGCACAGCGCAGUAUAUUUCGAUGAAAAUGACUUCGACGAUGAUGAUGACUUGGACUUUGAAUCACCAGAUCCAUACAUCCCUCCCGCGAGAAUCGAGAAAGACAGUUUCCGCGAAGAAUCGUUUCACGCCGCGAAAUCCAACUCAACAUUAUCCCACAAGGCGGACUCGCAAUCGGCCGUGACAGUUUCGAAGACUAAUUACGAAUCAGACAUCAAGUAUCCUGAUCUUCCGCCUGUUCCGCCCGAUGACAAUCCCGGGCCGUCGAGCAGCGCACUGCCCUGGUCUUCCUCGCCCCCCUCCCACUUUCAAAAGCCCGCCGCGCCUCGAACCGUUCCCUGGCGGAAGCAAGAGAAUAAUAUCAUUACGAUAGAUGAUGAGGCAAAACCAGAGACACCCGCGCGGCCAGCUGCAACGGCUCCGUGGAAUAAAACAGCCAGCGCAAUCAAGGAAGAGCAGAAGGAACUUCGCCGUCAGAAUAAGAAAGCGCAAGCCCAGAAAACACAAUCAAGCACCAAACACCAUAUGCCCCGUGCCCAAGUGGCUCCUAUAUUUCUCAGUAUUAAGAAGAACCAAAAGGCAAGAAACCGCUGGUUGCGCACGAAAGUCCUGGUCAUUGAUGAGGUUUCUAUGGUAGACGGGGAUUUGUUCGAUAAGCUCGAAGAGAUUGCUCGGCUAAUAAGAAACAAUGGCCGGCCGUUUGGUGGUAUUCAGCUCGUCGUUACGGGAGACUUCUUUCAAUUACCGCCAGUUCCAGAGGGUCAUAAUCGAGAAGCCAAGUUUUCAUUUGCUGCAGCGAGCUGGAAUACCUCAAUACAACACACUAUCCUUUUGACACACGUUUUCCGUCAGCGUGAUCCCGAGUUUGCCGACAUGCUGAAUGAGAUGCGACUUGGGAAACUUAGUCCUCGGACGAUACAGGCUUUUAAGGAGCUUUCUCGUCCAUUGGACUUUCACGACGCUCUUGAGGCUACUGAACUAUUUCCCACGCGCGCCGAAGUAGACAAUGCCAAUUCUGCAAGGAUGGCACGUCUUUCGGGUGAAACGAUGACUUUUAAUGCGGUCGAUUCGGGGACUAUUCAAGACAUUCAAUUUCGUGAAAAGUUACUCUCAAACUGCAUGGCACCUCAAACGAUCCACCUGAAGAAGGGUUCGCAAGUCAUGCUCAUCAAAAAUAUGGAGGAUACUCUCGUGAACGGCUCAAUCGGCAGAGUUGUUGCGUUUAUGGAUGAAGCGACAUUUGACUUUUACGUUGAAAAUGAGAACGACUUCGCGAGCGGAAAAUUCGACGAGGGAGACGAAGAUAGGGCUGCACGCGCUCGUAAGAAGAUAAAGGGCAUGGGUCACAGAGACGGAGGCGUUACGGUUACCCGAAAAUGGCCCCUGGUAUGCUUCAUCCAGCCAGACGGGACGGAGAGGCAUCUCCUCUGCCAGCCAGAGAGUUGGAAAAUUGAGCUGCCAAAUGGCGAAGUCCAAGCCCAACGGCAGCAGGUCCCGCUGAUCCUCGCAUGGGCUCUGUCCAUUCACAAGGCCCAAGGCCAGACACUACAACGAGUCAAGGUCGAUCUUGGGAAGGUCUUUGAGAAGGGACAAGCCUACGUGGCUCUGAGUCGAGCCACCUCGAAAGCCGGUCUUCAGGUGCUCCGAUUCGAUCCGCGCAAGGUCAUGGUCCAUCCGAAGGUCAUUGAAUUCUACCGAAAUCUGGUUCAUGCCAGCGACUUGAUCAAGUCGAAACAGCCGCCUAAGCCGCAGCGCACAAUAUCGAAUGGAGAUGAGGAUGUUUACAUUGAUGAGCUUAUCGCGGAAGCGGAAGCAUAUUAG